GUUUCGCACUGUCAUGACAGUUUAAUGGAAUCCCAUUGAACGAUUUAAAGUUGAAAUCAUUUGUGUGUGAACGAGAUCUAGAUCACAAGUUUAUUUCUUUUUAUACUUCAUACUUUUUUCGAUAUCCGAACCAAAAUAAAAUCAAAUAAUUCAUAAAGAGUCUAAUAAAUUUUCGAAAAAGUCAAACAAAUCGAUACGUACGACAAAUAAAACGAAAUUAAUUUAACAAAGAAAAAAAUGGCUGGUGCGAUUUUAUUUGAACGGGCGCAGGCAUUGACGUCGGUGAAUCGUGAAGAGGGCAUUUCACUGUUGAAUAAAAUUGUACGCGAACAAGAAGUUGCCGAAAAUGAUGAGGAGCUCAUUCGGAUCAAAGAGCAAGGGAUUUUGCAAUUGGGCGAACUCUACAAACAAGAGGGCAAAGCAAAAGAAUUAGCCGAUUUAAUCAAAGUAACACGUCCAUUUUUGUCGUUAAUUAGCAAGGCGAAAGCAGCAAAAUUGGUUCGUUCAUUGGUUGAUUUCUUCCUUGACUUGGAAGCCAGCACUGGCAUCGAAGUGCAAUUGUGUAAAGAAUGUAUCGAAUGGGCAAAACAAGAGAAGCGUACAUUUUUACGUCAAUCGCUCGAAGCACGUUUGAUUGCAUUAUAUUUUGAUACUGGUUUAUACACAGAAGCACUGCAACUCGGUUCGGCCUUGUUGAAAGAGCUCAAAAAAUUGGACGACAAAAUGCUGCUGGUGGAGGUUCAACUGUUAGAAAGCAAAACAUAUCAUGCAUUGAGCAAUUUGCCAAAGGCUCGCGCUGCAUUGACCUCGGCUCGUACAACAGCUAAUGGUAUUUAUUGCGCUCCAAAAAUGCAAGCAUCUCUUGAUUUGCAAUCGGGUAUUUUGCAUGCAGCUGAUGAGCGUGAUUUUAAAACAGCUUACUCAUACUUUUAUGAAGCGUUUGAAGGAUAUGAUAGCAUUGAAGCGGCCCGUGCAUUGACCGCAUUGAAAUAUAUGUUGCUGUGCAAAAUAAUGCUUGGCUUGGCCGAUGAUGUCAAUCAAAUUGUUAGCGGUAAAUUGGCAAUCACAUACUCUGGACGAGAUAUUGAUGCAAUGAAAGCCGUUGCACAAGCAUCACACAAACGUUCGUUGGCCGAUUUUCAAGUAGCACUCAAAGAAUAUGCAAAAGAAUUGGAAGAAGAUGUUAUCGUAAAGGCUCACUUGGGCACACUAUACGACACAAUGUUGGAACAAAAUUUAUGCCGGAUUAUCGAACCUUUCUCACGUGUGCAAGUGUCACAUAUUGCCAACUCAAUUAAACUGCCCGUAUUGCAAGUGGAAAAGAAAUUGUCACAGAUGAUUUUGGAUAAAAAGUUUAGCGGCAUUUUAGAUCAAGGCGAAGGUGUUCUUAUUGUAUUCGAGGAGACUGCCGUUGAUAAAACAUACGAACGUGCAUUGGAAACGAUAACAAAUAUGGGCAAAGUGGUAGAUACGCUCUAUCAAAAGGCUAAGAAACUCUCAUAAAAUAAACACUGAGCAGCAGCAUUCGCAAAACCAAAAUUAUUAUCGAAUUUUUGCUGUUCCUACUUUAUUAAUGUGUACUGAUGAUAAUAACAAAAAAAAAAUAAAACCGAAUGAGCUAAAAUCUCUAGAUUUUUUUUUGAAAA